GGAACCUUGAUAUGCCUUAAUGCGUUUUCUAUGAGGUUCUUUAUAUGUUGAGAUUGAGCUUGAGCCUGCAAAUUGAAUCAAAAUUGUGGAAGCGACAUCAUCAAUUUUGUUUUUUCGGUGCAGUAAGAUGCUACAUGGUUGUUUCUCCAGUUAAUAAGAUUUAAAUCUGGAACAUAAUUGGUUAGCAUGUUGCUUUGGAAUUUAUCGCACGUUGAGCUAAGAAACUUCAUCCUCAUUUUGUUUCUUUACUGUGCAGUUGAGAACUUUUUUGAUCCGUAAUGGCUUGUCGACUCUUUUCAAAGAAGGCCCUUCUGCAUAUAAGGCUUAUUACCUCAGGCAAAUGAAAAUUUGGAAUACUUCAGCAGCCAAGCAACGAGAACUCAGCAAGAUGCUUGAUGAAUGUAUAUAUACGCAGAAAAUAUGGGAACAAACCAUUGUCAUCAUCCACAUACCUAAGUGAAGCGGAGCCCUUCCUUGAACAAUAUGCAAAGCGUAGCCCACAAAACCAGGCUUUGAUAGGAUCUGCUGGAAAUUUUGUCAAAGUUGAAGAUUUUAUGGCUGUUGUUGAAGGAGAAGAUGAAGAGGGUGAUCUUGAGUCCAUGAAAGAUAUUGCUCCUUCAAGCCCUAGUAUUACCACCAAAGACAUGGUUGCAAAGAAUGAGGGUCUCAUUGUUUUCUUUCCAGGAAUACCAGGCUGUGCUAAAUCUGCACUGUGUAAGGAAAUACUGAAUGCUCCAGGAGGGCUUGGAGAUGAUCGACCAGUUCAUAGUUUAAUGGGUGAUCUUAUCAAAGGUAGAUAUUGGCAAAAAGUUGCUGAUGAGCGUCGAAAAAAACCUUCCUCGAUCAUGCUUGCAGACAAGAAUGCACCAAAUGAGGAAGUACGGAGACAGAUUGAGAACAUGUGCCUAAGCACCAAAGCAUCUGCUAUCCCAGUUAUACCUGAAUCAGAAGGAACUGUCAAUCCAUUCUCCAUUGAUGCACUUGCGGUUUUUAUAUUCCGAGUACUUCACCGUGUUAAUCAUCCGGGAAAUCUUGACAAGUCAUCACCAAAUGCUGGUUAUGUGAUGCUAAUGUUUUAUCACCUUUAUGAAGGAAGGAGCCGUCAAGAGUUCGAGAGUGAGCUUAUAGAACGUUUUGGCUCACUUGUCAAAAUGCCUCUACUGAAACCUGAAAGGUCUCCUCUUCCGGAUUCUGUGAGGUCUAUUAUUGAGGAGGGAAUCAAUUUGUACAAACUUCAUACAAACAAACAUGGAAGAUUGGAGUCUACAAAAGGGACAUACGUAAAAGAGUGGGUUAAAUGGGAGAAGCAAUUGAGGGAUAUUUUACUUGGAAAUGCGGACUAUCUCAAUUCAAUACAGGUUCCAUUUGAAUUUGCUGUUAAAGAAGUCAUUGACCAACUGAAAGCUAUUGCGAGGGGCGAAUAUGCAGCGCCUACUUCUGAGAAGAGGAAACUAGGAUCUAUUGUGUUUGCCGCUAUCUGCCUGCCAGUUCCAGAAAUUCUAAGUCUUCUGAAUGAUCUAGCCCAAAAAGAUCCAAAGGUUGGCAAUUUCUUGAAGGACAAAAGCAUGGAGAGCUCCAUUCAGAAGGCCCAUUUGACCCUGGCUCACAAGAGAAGUCACGGUGUCGCUGCAGUUGCCAAUCAUGGUUCCUUUGUUCACGAAAAGGUGCCGGUAGACGUGGGUGCUUUGUUGUUCUCCGAUAAAUUGGCCGCACUAGAAGCUGAGCCUGGCUCUGUUGAAGGUGAAAAGGUCAAUUCUAAAAACCAAUGGCCCCAUGUCACAUUAUGGACUGGGCAAGGAAUUGCAGCCAAAGAUGCCAAUACACUACCACAGCUACUUUCCCAAGGGAAGGCUAACCGCGUUGAUAUAAAUCCACCGGUCACUAUAACUGGCACUCUCGAAUUCUUUUGAAUUCUAAUUGUAAUUCCAAGUCUUUUGUGGAUUUACGUAAUGUGAACCCUACAUGGGUUCUGAGUGAAUAUCAUGUAAUGAUUCUCCCAAGUUAACGGAACAAUUUUGCAGGAUAGAAUUAGAUCUAGAGAAAAUGUAAAGAUGAUUUUGAGCGCUGUGGGUAAUUUUGAAACCCCCCGGUAGCAUUUCUAAUAAAACCGUUUCGUACCCGUGUUUGAUAUAA